AUGAACGAAACCAAGCAACACGAGCUGACUGCAUUAGUGGAAUGGAUAAGAACCUUCCCUCAGCUCGAUCAUCUACAAAAUGAUAAGGAGAAUAGCAACACAUCGGAACUACUUGCAGAUCCUCAGAUUACAAGUUCUAUAUUUGAUAUUGCCCUAGAGGUUUAUGGUUGUGACGGGGAUGAAACAAUCAUGACUCACUCUUCCGAGAUUUGGGACAAUAUCUUAUCCCUUUCACGAAAGACAAGCAAAAGGAGGAUUUUGGACGGAACUCAUUCGGAAGAAUGGGGAGUAGACGCAAGAUAUGACGCACUUACGAGCUUGCUACAUGGGGCAAUCUCUCACCCAGACAUUAAAGUACGAGGAGAAUACGUUGGGAGAAUCACCAGUAUGCCGGACCAUGAUACUCAAAAAUCUCUAAUGGACAUGAUUGCACGUCAAAAGCAAGAGAUUGAGGGAAAUAGACGAGAGAAACGGAUCAAGAGAUCACAUGCGGUGGACGAAGAAUCUAGCACUCCUGAUAGACGGAUUUUAAAGCCUCGUGCUUCAAGCUCACGGAAGCCACAGCGUAGCCCUUUAACUCCAAAAACAUCCCGUUCAAGACCCCUUGAGGAGUCAGAUGAAAGUGUGGGGCGUUCCCUUUUUACCACACCACAACGAGCUAGCACUAGUGAUCUCUGUAGUGUGUUGAAAGCGGAGCGCAAAACGCCUAGCUUUUUGUCUCCAGGCCUUGGAGACACAGCGGAAUACGAAAAAGAAGUCCAGGGUUUGCGUGAGCAAAACGACGAGCUCUUGUCAACGCUUGAAAGGUACAAGCGGAACGAGGAGGACGCGAAAUCGAGGUAUGAAGAAAUGGAGUCCAAGUAUCGACAAGAAAUGAUGAAGAUUGAAGCCGCUUCUUGUCAUCGAAAUGAAGAGAUACAAGGAGAACUGCAAGGAAAGAUCAGAAGGCUCGAGAAUGACCUCAGCGAUAUGGUGCAACAAUUGGAAGCAAGUGAAGAAGCAAAAGCUGAGCUGGACACCAUGAAGGAUGAAUUGGAGCUCAUGAAGCAUACCAAAAGUCUGUUGGACGACACUACGGAAAGACUGAAUAAUUACAAGGAAAAGUUGACUCAACUCACGGACAUUAAGGACGCCUUGGAAAAAGAGGAAGAGGCUCACAGUAGAUCAGUUGACGAGAACAUUCGCCUGAAAAACGAAAUUAGUUCUCUCCACGUGAUGAAGCGCAGCCUAGAUGACUACAAGUCCAGGGCGGUGGAAGCAGAGGUCCGAUUCACGGAGGUUCAUGAUGAGCUGACGAAACUAAGGAAGCAACUUCAUGACACGACAAACGACAGUGAGAAUCUACAGACACUGAUGCAGUCACAAAAAGAACAGAUUGAUGAUCUUCAUCGACAGAUCAAGCACGAGGGAAAAUCCGAAAGUUCUGGAAGCCAACUUGGAAGUGGUGUUAGUGAACUCAAUCCAGAAAUAAACGAAGAGUUACUCAGGCUUCGAAACGAGAAUGCUCAGCUCAGAGCCUUUGCCAACAAAAGAGAAGAUGACGCUGUUGCAAAAAUGGAGCUUAAUGUGGAGGACAACAAACGUCUCGCGGAGAGAUACAAGAGCCAGUUCUUAUCCACAAAGGGUAGGCUUGAGACCACCCAGGCCGAUUUGGAGCAGUCCAUUUCUCGAGAGCAAAAGUUGCAGUGUGACUAUGCAACAGUAACUGAAGACUCCAAUCGCAUGCAACUGCAGCUACAGGAUACAAAUCUCGAGUUGGCUAACAUUCGUCAGAAUCUGGACGAGUCUAGAACAAGGGAAUCGAUGUUGGAAGAGGAGUUGUCUUCUUGGGUCGACCAAGCGCGUACGCUCCAAGAGCAGACCGAUGAAAUGACGAACCGCUUUCAUAGCUGUAACGAAAAUCUGGAUAACGCAAAAGUGCAAGAAGCGGUACUCAGGGAUAAAAUUGCAGGCUUGGAACGAAAUAUUGAGCAAUGCAACCAGGAGGCAUCGUAUUUGUCGCAACAAUUUGAAGACCAAAAAAGGGAGCUACACGAUUCAAAUGAAAGCUGUGAGGAGUUAUCCCAGGAGCUUUCAGAAUGGGCUGAAAAAGCCAAGUCUGCGAGUGAUCUGGCGAAUGAGAUAUCCGACAGUCUUGCUGUUUGCGCCAGCGAGCUUCAACAGGCUAGGGUCAAAAAUAUUACCAUACAACGCGAGCUAGAUACUGCUUCUAAAGAUGCUCAUGCAAAACGAUUGGAACUCAAAGAGACACAACAUAGACUGAGUGAGGUCUAUGGCGACUUGAAACAAAAAGAAACAUUCAUUGAUUCUGCCAAGGAAAGAGAGGAACGACUAAUAACGGAUUUACACAGUGCAAACCAACGGCUUGAUGGCACGGUCCUCUUGGUAGAAGAGAAGACAGCAGCAAUCGCAGAGCUAGAAGAUAAGUUGGAGGAGGCCCUUGCACAAAAUAAGCGGUUGCUUGCAAGGGAAGAGACCUCGACAGUGGAACUAAAGGACCUCCGAGAGACUACACAUAAAAUGAAAGAGCAGAUUGCUCGCAUGCAGCACAAAGCAGACACUUGUGAUAAGGGAAAAAGCGAGGCACUGAGCGCACUCAAAAAAUCUGAAGAAGAGAUACGUUCGCUGGAUUUGAUUAUUACGGAAACAAAGAGGGAAUUGGAGGAAUCACAGUCAAACGGAGCGGCGUACUUGCAGCAGACCCAUACGCUAGAAUCCGAAUUGGUUGAAACUCGUGAUAAUCUUCUGAAGGCUACAGAUCAAUUGGCUGAGUUGAGUAAAGCAAAAACCGAGGUAAACGAAAAAUUAAAUGAAGCCCAUGGAACCAUCAGCGAUCUAAAGGAGAAGCUGAGCGAGGAAGUAAGGGCGAGAGCAGCAGCUAAAGAAGAGAUAGCACUUUUGCGGGUUUCAACCUCCGAAAGAGAAGCUGAUUUGAAUGAGUCAAUAGAGGAAAUGCGCACCAAAUGGCAGAAAGAAAUUCAAAUCGCCAAUGGGUGUAAGCACGAAAUUGAUUGCUUGAAUGAAGCUCUCGACGAAAGUCAGAGCGCAUUAAGCGCAGCCCAGCAUCGUGAGAACAUGCUUCACCACAAGAUUAGAGUAUUGGAGGACAGAGAGAGUGAGCUGACAGCUUCAAUCGAAGCAACACGCGAAAGUGCAAACAAACAAGUCCUCGAAGCCACGAAGUCUUUUGAAGCUACUCGCCAGGUACUUAAUUCAAAGGCUACAAAAGAUGUUGAAGACUUGCAAAACAGGAUGAACUUGCUUCUAGAUGAGGAAAGAAGAGGAAAACGGCAGAUCGAGUCGGAAAACAAGGAGAAAUUGAAGCAACAAAAAGAAAAAAUGGAAAGAGAGCUUGCCAAUGCUAAAGAUAAAGCGGCGAGUACGAUAGAAAGGACGCAAACUGAAGCUCGUCUGCGUUGUCAGCAAAUGCAAAAAGAGCACGAGGAAACUGUCUUGAAAAUGAAGGAAGAUGCGAACCAGGAAAGUACACAACUGGUUCGAAAAGGCAAGGGCAUGAUCAAAGAACUUAAGACCAAGCAGCUCGAAGAGAGAGGAAAACUAGAAAAUCAAAUCAGGAUGCUGGAAGAACGAUGCAACUUACUUUCGAAUGAAAUGGAAACAACAACUAGCAACUGUAAUUCAAAAGUUCGAGAGUAUCGGAAGAAGCUACAGUUCGCCUCUGGAAAGAUAACUCAGUUGACAACGGAGAGUGAUGACUUGGAAGGGCAGAUAGAGGCACUUUCGCGUGAAUUAUCGAAAUUACGAGAGGAGAAUGAUAGGUAUCGUCGUCAGUUGGGUGGGCGAUUCGGUGCCGAAUCGAAUGCACAGAACGAGAUGCUACGGAAGGAGCUAAAAGGUGCUUGUGAUGAGAUUCGCGAACUUAAACGUCAGCAGGGGGCAUCACGCCCAUCUCAAACGAACCAUGGAUUCAACGAAACUCAUCAGAACUACAACAGAGACCUUGCCAGUCAAUCUACCAUCAGCCAGCUUCGAAGUGAGUACGAGGAAACUAUUGAGGCCUUAAAUGAUGAAAAGCGUGAACUCGUGAUGAAACAUUCAGCUUCGAUUACAGAUGUUCAGAAAGCAGAAAUGCGAGCUUGGGAAACCGAGCAAGACAACGCUACUCUAAAGGAGGAACUCGUCUCACUGCGAUUGCAAAUUGAGCGCAUUGAGAAAACCUACUCGGAAGACAAGCUAAAAGUCAACAGCCCUGAACUCACAAGCGAGGGACAUGCGGCUACACCCGUAGCAGAGAGUGGCCCAAUUCUCAACACCAGUGUGCAAAAUAUUCAUAAGCAGGAUGAGAGAGAAGAAGAUUCAAAUAUUACAAACGCCGAUUUAUCUUCGACAUCUCCUGAACUCCCUAUGGUAUUUCAGCACCAUGGAACUGGGGGACGAAACGAAGAACACCCACCAGAGUGUACACAGAGCUAG